UGGAAGGUAGUUUUGUUUGUGUUUUAGCAAAAUAUAAUUCGGUGUGAUUUUUAGAGUUUUCAAGUAGAGCAUUCAGAAUUGAGUGAGUCUAAUCUGUGAAGGGGACCUGAUAGCUUCAUCAGUUAGUAUGCUAUAAAGUCGAAUGCUACACGAGAUAGCGUGUAAAGUGGUUUUAGCAUAAGGAAUUAUUAUAUAAAGCAUGAAUCAUUAUAUGAGAUGAAUCAGAAAACAGAUGCUGGUUGUGGGAUAUUGGGUUUGCUUGUUAAGGCUAUCCAAUUGCUGAACAUUAAUCCAAUUCCUCAACAGAGAGUUUUAACCAAAUGGAAGGAGAAUUGAGAGAUGUAGCGAUUGAAAUAGAACGUUUGGAGAGAGAAUGGAGUGAGAUGCUUCAUGAUGUGAAACCUCCGGAGAUGGAUGAAUUCUAUAUGCAAUGCAUUUAUAGGGUACCACCAGAUAUUCGUGAAAAUAAUCCUGAAGCCUACACACCUCGAAUUGUUUCAAUUGGCCCUUAUCAUCACAAUAGUUUUGGAAAAAUGGAAGAGCUUAAACUGAAAUAUUUCAAGGGAUUCCUAAAUCGAACACGACUACCUAUGAGAGAAUUUGUUGUCAAAAUUAAAGAGAUGGAAGAAAGCAAUAUUAUUCGAAGUUGUUAUGCAGCCACGAUUCAAUAUAAUGUUGAUUAUUUCUUAAAGAUGAUUUUAGUUGAUGCUUGCUUCAUAAUUGAACUUUUUCUAAGAUGCCACAGAUACAGUGAGUGGGAGGAAAAAGAUCCGUUGUUGCUAAAACCAUGGAUGCUAAACUAUAUUCAACGUGACUUGCUACUUCUGGAAAAUCAACUUCCAUUCUUUGUUCUUGAACAACUCUACAACCUUACUGGUAUGAAUGAGAAAUUACUUGACAUUACUUUCAAUUAUUUUGAGAACACAAGUCUAAGAAACAUGUGUCCAAGAGAGAGUCCAAAACACUUCACUGAUUUGUUAAGAUCUUCUAUAAUAUCAUCAUCAAAACUUGGUCUUGAAAAACUGAAAGAAUGCGAAGAAGUUAAUCAUGUAUACAGUGCAAGCCAACUAACGGAGGCAGGUCUUAAGUUCAAAGCCAGUCCUAAUAAUAGCUUACUUGACUUGACCUAUUCUAAACAUGGAGUGUUGAGCAUGCCAAUCUUGAAUAUACAUGCCACUACAGAAGCUUUGUUCAGGAAUAUGAUGGCAUAUGAAGAUUGCCACCUUUCUUCUACAAAAAUCAUUAUUCAAUAUGUAGCGUUGCUAGAUUUUCUUAUCAAUACUGAAAAGGACGUGGACAUACUUGUUGACAAGAAGAUUAUUGUUAAUUGGAUGGGUGAUGCUAAAGCAGUGGUUACAAUGAUUAAUCAUCUGAGCUCAAGUAUUGUUAUGCCAGAUUUCAAUUCACACUAUUUCUCCAUCUGCAAUAGUUUGAAUGAAUUCUAUGAAAAUCCUCGCAACAAGUACAAGGCUAUCUUUAUACACGAGUACUUUAACACUCCUUGGAAAAUAGCAUCUACUAGUGCUGCAAUUAUGCUACUUUUGCUAACGUUUAUUCAGACUGUAUGUUCAAUCAUCUCCGUAGUUCGUGGUAAAUAAGGAGAUGGGUUGUUAAUAAGGAACAAGAAAAGGCAGUUAAGGGAAGAAGACGUGGACGAUUGUAUCUGGUUGUCUAAGUUGUAUUUGUAAGAGAACCUUGUAAGUGUUAAGUAAACUUAAAUGCGGCAGUUACUAUGUACGGUAGAUUUGAUGACUAGUUAUAUUUUGAUGUUUUAGGAGAACAAAACUUAAGAAUUUACUGUGUUACGUUUCGGUUGUUAAUGAACUUUAUAGUGUCAUGAUUUGUAAUAAUUGGUAGACAUGAUGGGUCGGAGAUGAAAAGCCCAAUGUAUGUCGUAUAAAUUGUAAUGUCUUUUUACAUUGAA